AUGGCGGCAGAGGACGACCGCAGGGAGCGAGACGCUGGGGGCUUCGGUGGCUCGGGCAACGAACCAACACGCAAUAUACUUAUUGCACUGCGAUAUUGGCUGUGUAUUUACCCGCGCGCCGUUAGAGCUGCACGCGACGACACUUUCAGGAUGAAGCAGGGCGUUGAUACGUAUUGCGGCGACCAGCAGCCCCAAGUCCUGAUGCCCUUCAUCAGCUUCACACUAUUCACCUUCACCUCGACUUCAACGAAAUCUUUACCCACACUAAAAGCAAUGGACAAGUUGCGCAACGCGAAGAAAGCGGCUGCUCUCGGCGCAGACAAGAGUCGCGCCAAGCCCUGCGACAUGGAACCGAACGCCGACCCGCGUGCGUGCGGAGGGAACCCAGGCGGCAUGACGGCCGAUGGCAAGUUCACUGGGUUGAAACGUCAUAACGCUCUGCAUGGGAAGCCCGGCACGCGCCACUCCAAGUAUCCCGAGUUGGCUAAGCCCUGA